CUUUGUCGAGUACCUCCAAGGGAGAAUUACCUCUUUCGCUUUCACUACAUUUACUCUGAGCAAGCCUCAUAAGCGACCUGAGCUGGAUCAAGAUGACCAUAGACAUGACUUCCGAUUUCUUUGCCGUGGACGAACUGAUCCAAGUUAUAUACCAAGGUGCCCUGAAGUUCAUUGUGCUGUCCAAGGUCACACGUACGGCAUGGACCAUUCACGUAGCCCUCGACAAGACAGAACGGUGGUGGUCUGGACAGUGGUCUCCUAGUGAUAUAGAGACAUUUCUGGUGCACGUAGAGGCGCUCGCCGAUAGCCUCGCGGCAAUGAUUGUGAAAGGCGAGCUUCACAUAGGCAACUGGAGCGACAAGCCAGGCGCAAAUAUCAACCUUACCCUGGGUCCUGCGGCAAAGCGUCCCGUGCACAUACCGCUCAAAGACCUGAGCUCUGCUGAUGCUGCGAAGUUUGCUACAUCAAUUUUCUCGCUAAUUGCCACUAAUGCAAAAGACUACGAAUGCCGUCUGUGUCCGUCACCAUACGACCUCACUGGCUCGACGGCCGAUGUUCCAACGUCCACGAAAAAUAAUUCAGCCAUUGCUUCCUCUUCCGCUGUGCCCUCCACUACCUCCCCAGUUGCCGCAGAGAAACGCAAAGCAACACAGUCUCCGGUAGAGACCACGAAAUCUCUUCCAAGAGCUUCUCCAGUGUCCAAAGAAACUGAGGAGUUAAAAAUCAAGAAGUUGGAGGCUGAGCUCGCCAAAGAAAAGCGCAGGAACACAGCUAAGAAACUGCCUCGUCGUGCCAAAGGCGCCUCGCUGGCGAAUCCAAGCCAGAAGGUGCGGAAGUACCAGGCAGUUGAGUUCGAGGACAGCGACUGAAGGGCCCGGCCGCACGUUGGGCUCAUGCAUCGCACAAAUGCAGAAAUACACGUCAUUACGAAGCUCUGUUGUUCCACAUCGCUUGGAAUUUUGCUAAUGUACACUAGUGUAAUAUCG